AUGGCUUCGAAAAGUGCAGUUUUAGCGAAGUUCUGUAAAUGUUCGUAUUCUGAAGCUCUUCAUCCAUUAUACGUUGGUAUAUAUCAGAAUCAUAUAACUAGUAUAUUAGGCGAAAAAGCUGAAAACGGGUCUGUGGUAGCUAUAACCCAGGUACGAAGUCCACAUGGAUGGGUUCCGCGAAAAUCUGGUCACUGUGUCAGUGAACUUUUCGUCUGCUUGCAAAUCAUCGACACUGAGUGCCCACUCGACUGCGGAGCUCCGGUAACCCGAGAUGGUAUCCAAACUAACGAGGCAGUUAUACUUCAUACAAGCAAUUGUUUCCAUACGCAUUAUAAAUUAGAAUCGGAUUUCACAGUUCUUAUUAGACCAGUUCGUGUGUUUCCUCUACAAAAAGUUGUGUUGUCUGCAAAAAGCCGUGCAAGUUAUGAGUGGUGCAAAGGUCAUUCGUUCAGCACUGGUAUGUUGGUGGCGAGUUGCAAGCAGAAACUACUUGCCAGGGCUGGAGAUAUGCUUCUUGUUCCAUUGAGUACUAUGACGAAUGGUAAAGAAAACAAACAGCAGGAAGAAAUUUUUCAAUUAUGCUCGAAUUUAGUCAGUCUUGAAUGCGAACCUUGUAAGCAAGGGACAAUAACUGUGCACACAUCAGUGGUUGUUAUGCCAUUCGAAGAAAAUAACAUUACUGAAUCACAAAGUCUUGAAAUCAGCCCCAGUUGUGAUGACGACCUCCCUGUCCUUCUGUCUGAUUUCACUAGUUGCCUGAAUACCGUAGAUUUCACUGCAUCCCUUCUCUGUUUGGAAUCAGUGAAAGCUGUUGAAGCCAGCAAUACAUUUACCAAGAUAAAGUCCUCAAAACAGUUUACUCAGACUGUAACAACAGCAUUAAUUCUGAAACCUAUUGUUGUGCCUCAAUCUGAUGAUCUCCAACAAAUUACCAAUGCUGCCACUUGCUGUACAGAUUUAGGUCAGGUUGACCUAUCAAUAUGUGUUGGUGUCACUCAGAGUACACUGAUAAAGUUACACAAUUACAAUGGUGGAUGGGUAUCGCUGUAUAUGGAGGAAGCAGAGAAGGAAGGUUCCAUCAUUUUGGAAGUAGAGACAACUGUACAAGAGAAACAGAUUCGGUCAGUAAAUAGCAGGAAACCACAGCUAGCUAGAGUGUUUGUUGUUGGAGAUGAAAAUGGUCAGAAUGAAUCUGAGGGAGAUGUAAUGACAUUUCAGGACAGCUGCAUAUACCUGUCUCCAGUAAUGUGGUUCAAUAUACAGCAGCAACCAUCGUCUUUGAUUCAGUGUGACAGCCAGAUUGUUGUGAAGUCUGUAAAUCCUGAUACUUCUGAUAACAGUGAGAGUGUACCAGUGGCUAAAGAAUUACAUAUUGCUUUAGUCAAGUCACCUUUUUAUUCAAUGUACAGUAAGUUUGAUGAUGCUGUCAAGAAACACUUCAGUAUUUCCAGAUUGGUGAAUGUAGAUGACGUCAUAUGUGUGGCACUCAAUAAUCAAGUGAAUUUUAAAGAUGAACAGCCAGAUAAUAACUCUAUACCUGAUAUCAUAUAUUAUAAAGUUAUGAAAGUAAUUCCAGUUGUGGAAGAUGCCAUAAUGUACAGAGUAGAUAUGAAUCUAACAUCAGUAUUUCAGGAGGUGCCAAUUUCUAGCUAUGUUCCAGUAACUAUGGAUAGCUACAUUAAAAACAAUCAUGAUAGCAUAUGGAAAUCACCUUUACCAGCUGGUCUCAAUAAAUAUGUUGAUAUGAUGGAGGACUACUUGGUCACAUUUCUACAGCCAAGAUUUGGAUGUCACAAAAUACUGCCUUGUGUUUUAGUCAGUGGACCAAAUGGUAUUGGAAAAACAACGGUGAUAAAAUCCUUAAGUCGACGUCUGAAUUUACAUAUGAUGUCUGUCAAUUGUCAUGACCUGUGUGGUGAUACAGCUGCCUCUACUGAAGCCAAGUUAAAAAACACAUUUCACCAAGGUAUGGUUCCCACUGAAGAUGAAAGAUUGGAGUUUCUUGAGGCUAUUUUGAGUGAGACUCCAUUGGCUAAAGAUGUCUCUCUGUCACAGAUUGCAAAAAAGACUGCUGGUAUGGUAUUAGGAGAUCUUUGUGCUUUCAUGGCAUCAACAAAUAGAGCAGCUUAUAAGAGGAUUGUUCAGACAUGUUCUUUUGGUAACAGACUGUCCAUGCUGGAAGAGAAGGAUCUAUGCAGUGCUGGUAUACAGGUUCAUAUGAAAGACAUAGAAACAGCAUUAGAUCUCUAUCAAUCGGCUCAUUCAGAUGCAUUAGGUGCUCCUAAGGUGCCUAAUGUGCGAUGGGAUGAUGUAGGUGGUCUGAAUGAUGUCAAAACUGACAUACUAGAUACAAUCCAGUUACCAUUACAGCAUCCUGAACUAUUAGCAUCAGGACUUAGAAGAUCAGGUGUGUUAUUGUAUGGCCCUCGUACAGGAAAAACAUUAAUGGCUAAGGCUGUCGCUACAGAAUGCUCGUUAAACUUUCUAGGUCAUGUUAAAGGCCCUGAACUGAUUAAUAUGUAUGUUGGACAAAGUGAAGAAAAUGUCAGGGAAGUGUUCAGCAGAGCUCGCAAUGCUAGACCAUGUGUUGUGUUUUUUGAUGAGUUGGAUUCCUUAGCUCCGAACAGAGGGAGAAGUGGAGACUCUGGUGGAGUCAUGGAUAGGGUGGUAUCUCAAUUACUAGCUGAAUUAGAUGGACUUAAUAAAGCCAAUGAUGUGUUUGUAAUUGGAGCUACUAAUAGACCUGAUCUGCUAGACCCUGCUUUACUCAGACCUGGAAGGUUUGAUAAACUACUGUACCUUGGUGUGAGCAAAGAUAAAUCAUCACAGUAUAAAAUUGUCAUGGCUCUGACAAGAAAGUUUAAACUGGGUGAAAGUUGUAAAUUAAAGGACAUAGUGGAUCAAUGUCCAAUGAAUUUAACUGGUGCUGACUUUUAUUCACUGUGUUCAGAUGCAAUGCUGAAUGCCAUGAAGAGAAAGAUACAUCAAAUACAGAUAGGUAAGAACAAUAACAAUAGGACUAUAGAAAUAGAACAAGAUGAUUUCAUGGCUGCACUUCAUUCACUCACUCCAUCAGUUUCUGAUCAGGAGUUGAAGCACUUUCAAUUUAUUCAACACCAGUUUACUCAGAAAUGAGAAAUACUUCAAGAUUGAGGCUGGUAGCUGGUAAAUUGUGAAAGGGAGGGGGUAUUUUAUCAUGAAAGUGCAAAAACGAUGAUUACUAAAUGUGCAAUAUGUCAAUUUCUAAAUAAUCUUUUACGGUAUUUAUGGUAUAUUUUAAUUUACUAAAUAUUUUUUAUGUGGUAUAUAACAUUCACCUUUAUUCACAGAGAGUAUAUACUGGUAAUGGGAUAGUAUAAGCUAAAGAAAAUUCAAAGUUCAUAUGGUGUAUUAAUUAUUAAUAAUUGUUGGUUAUUACCAUACCCACCUGUAAUUUAUGAAGGUGUGCGACACCCAACCUUCUAGAUUUCAACAGUCAGUGCAACAUCUAUUAACAAGUUUUAUGUGUUCAUUAGCACCACUUAUAAUUCUUGGUUUCAUAUUCCAAGGUGAACUAGCAUACUAACCAACCAUUUAGAACAAACUAUUAAAUUAAAAAACAAUAUUCUUUUGGUGCAUUAUCACAAUUGGGUCAUUUAUUCAUGGUUAUCAGGUUUCAAAUUGAAUACGACGUUACUACACAAGUUGUAGCUAGGAAUAUCCAUUUCUUAAUACCUCUGUUUAACAACGAGUCUGGGAAAUGUGGUUUAUAGUACAUCCAACAACACAUUGUUAUAUUUGAUUUAUUGUAUUAUAAGGAUAUUGGUAUUAAAUAAAACAAUUUUUGACUCGUGUGCGAAGCACA